AAGCUAGCGAGCGGAUUAAUGUUGACACUCUGUCGCACUGAUCCGCCGUCCAAACGGAAUGAAGCGCUGCCACAUCCUCGGCGCUGUGUAUUUCCCGCUGCACACGCAGUGAAACACGGUGAUGUCAGUGGCCGCGGCUGAAUUCCCAGACGAGACAAAAGUUGUGACAGUUUUAAAGGUGUGACAGCACCAGGUGGUGUACGGGGGUCUCUUUGCAGGCCGGUGUGUGCAGUUGUGUGUGUAUGCGAGUGCGUGUGUAUGUGCGUGAGCCUCGCAACGUGAUGCCAAGAUGCUCCUGUCCCUGGGCAUGCUGAUGCUGUCGGCCACGCAGAUCUACACCAUCUUCACCGUGCAGCUCUUUGCCUUCCUCAACCUGCUGCCUGUUGAGGCUGACAUCACUGCUUACUCAUUUGACAACAAAACAGGGAACUUUGAUGACCUGCCUGCACGCUUCGGCUAUCGGCUGCCCAGUGAUGGACUGAAGGGCUUCCUGAUCGGAGCACGUCCAGAAAACGCAUGCGAGCCCAUCGAGCCGCCACCCCCAAGGGACAACCUGACGGGCGCCUUCAUCGUCCUCAUCAAGCGCUUUGACUGCAACUUCGACAUCAAGGUCCUCAAUGCCCAAAAAGCCGGAUACAGGGCAGCCAUUGUUCACAAUGUGGACUCUGAUGACUUAAUCAGCAUGGGAUCCAAUGAUUUGGAUGUUAUGAAGCAGAUAGACAUUCCAUCUGUGUUUGUGAGCGAGGAGACUGCCAACUCGCUGAAAGAAGACUACACAUAUGACAAGGGGGGUCAUGUGGUGCUCAUGCCAGACUUCAGCCUGCCGUUGGAAUACUACUUGAUCCCCUUCCUCAUUAUCGUGGGAAUCUGCCUCAUCCUCAUUGUUGUUUUCAUGAUCACCAAGUUUGUCCAGGAUCGACACAGGGCUCGCAGGAGCCGCCUGCGUAAAGACCAGCUGAAGAAACUUCCCAUCCACAAGUACAAGAAAGGCGACACCUACGACGUCUGCGCCAUCUGCUUGGAUGAGUAUGAAGAAGGAGACAAACUGCGAGUGCUGCCAUGCUCUCAUGCCUACCACAGUAAGUGUGUGGACCCCUGGCUGACCAAAACUAAGAAGACAUGUCCGGUGUGCAAGCAGAAGGUGGUUCCAUCGCAGGGUGACUCAGACUCCGAUUCGGAGGAGGGAGAGAGUGGCCCGGAGGAGAACGAAGAGGUGUCUGAAAGCACCCCGCUCCUGCGCUCUCUGGCCUCCACCAGCGCCCACUCCUUCGGCACCAUGUCGGGAGCAUCACGCUCCGAGCAAGAGCAGGAGUCCUCCGAGUACGAGGACGACGAGCUGGACAGCAGCGACAGCGAGGAAGAGGUGACGGUGGAGACGGUGGUGGUCCAGCUGCAGCAGCCCUGCUCCGAAGGCCAAGACCGGGACCACGACCACAACCUGCCCUGCGCUUGACUUGAGCAACGUGACGGCUGGACUGCCUGCUCUCUGGGCUCCACCUCCCCAACCUCAUCCACCAAGGCUCACAGCAUCAGAGACUCACGCUGGGGGCUCCAAUAAAACACAUCUAAUUGUUCAAGUCUGUCUGUCACUGCUUCACAUAUAUUUUAAUGUAUCCUCCCCAAAAGUGGAAAGAGUGUUGACAGUGCGAUGUACAGUAGACUGUUAUACUGUACUGGUUAGUCACUCUAAGGCUGAUGUACAGUGUCCUCCAGACACUGUAGGAGAGCUCCCAAGUUUCUGCACACAAGGUAGUGCUUGACUCAAGCCUGAGGGAAAGCAUUUGUGUAUAUAAAAUGUAUAGAUCACCACAAGUUACAUCAAUACCUUUGAUUAUCUUGUAGCCUACAUGUGUCUCACGUCCGGGAGGUUUCAUUAUUGUAUAUACAUGAUCAUGCUGCAUAGACAGAUCUCAAUAAAAGCGCUAUGCAGCAUAUUUUUUUGUAAAAUCAAACUGAAAUUUUCCAUGAGUUAGAAGCAUUUAAAAGUACCAGACUAUGGUUUUGCCAAUUUAUUUCUAGGCUGAUAUCUUAGAGCCUAGAGGCGUGUUUUGUGCCACGACUGACCUGUUACAUUGAUCCACACUGAAAGAAGCAAAAGCCAAAGGCUGUGUUCUGUGGUUCUGCUGGUUGAAAGGGAUGAGACGCUUCUUUUCAGUAGUAACUGUGUCCACUGUGCUGCGACACACUUCCAACAAACUUCAUUUGGCUGCUCCAGACCUUUCAUCUUGACAUGAGCCGUUAUUGGUUGACAGGCCUUGCGAUAUGCAUUUGGCUGACUGGAUCUCAUUUUAAUACGGUUAAGUAGUAAAUACUUUACAUGUGAUUUCUUUUUCUAACAUAGCUUGAACUGUUUUUUGUUGACAAAUCCCGUUGCCUUUCUUUUGCAGUUGAUGUAUUUUGUCUUGUAAAUGUUUUAUGCUCACCUAUGUCUGUACUCAGUAUAAUUUCACUUCAAUAAAAGGAAACAACACAAGUUUA